AUGGCGGUCGGGGAGGCGCGCGUCCCUCUGCUGCACGGCGACAGGCAGGCGCCGGCGCAUACACAUCAUGAGCCAGCAGUCCACAAGGCUCCCCUGGACCACUCGCGGCUGGGGCGUGGCACCACAGUGGUGACGUCACUCGUAGCUGGUGCCACCGCUGGAGCCAUCGCCAAGACUGCUAUAGCACCGCUAGAUCGCACCAAGAUUAACUUUCAGAUCUCACAGACUCCUUAUUCAUGGCGAGCAGCGAUAAACUUCCUCCUGACAAGUGCCCGCACGGAGGGGCUCCUGGCAUUAUGGCGCGGUAACAGUGCCACUAUGGCGCGUAUAGUGCCGUACGCUGCCAUACAGUUUACUGCGCAUGAACAGUGGAAGAAGGCGCUUGGAGUUGAUACGCCGCAGAGUGCCAAAGCACACCCAGUCCUCCACUUAAUAGCGGGUUCCCUGGCAGGUGUGACGUCACAAUCAGCUACCUACCCCCUAGACAUGGCGCGGGCUCGCAUGGCAGUCACCAAUGUAUCAGAGUACAGCACAUUGCGAACUGUAUUCGUCAGAGUAGCCAGGGAUGAGGGCUUAAGGACGCUUUAUAGAGGGUACUCGGCGACGGUGCUAGGCGUGAUCCCGUACGCCGGCGUGUCCUUCUUCACAUACGACACGCUUAAACAUAAGUAUUUUGAAUAUUUCGGCAAGCCCCAAGGAGCGCUAGUGAACGUAGCGCUGGGUGGGUGCGCGGGCGCCAUUGCGCAGACGGCGUCGUAUCCGCUGGACAUCGUGCGCCGGCGCAUGCAGACCGCGCGCCGCCGCCCCGACGGGACCUACCCCUACAAGAGCAUCGGACAGACACUGGUCGUCGUUUAUAAGUGCGAAGGUUGGCGUGGUUUCUACAAGGGACUUAGUAUGAACUGGGUCAAGGGGCCCAUAGCGGUCGGCAUAUCGUUCGCCACGUACGACGCCAUCAAGAAUACGCUCCGAGAUGUAGCUGUACACUUCAAUAGCUAG